UCCAGGGGGACGGAUUUCAGAGUAACACCACACGGCUCCCAUUAAGCAGCAGGAUGGUUCUUUAUGCACUGAGGUGGCAACUUCUGAAAAUCAGCAGAGGCUGUGGAGCCUGGGGCAGGUUGCUGCAGAGACAGAGCAGCAGAUUUGUUUACUCCAACAUCCAUGGCUUCGACCAGGUGGAGAUCAGAGAAAAGCUGCAGGCUUUUCCUGGAGGCUCCAUUGACCUGCUCAAACAGGACUCUGGUAUAGCUGUCCUGACCAUCAACAACCCCUCCCGCAUGAACGCCUUCUCCGGCAGUAUGAUGGUGGAUCUGGAGGAAAAGGUGACCCAGCUGGAGAACUGGACAGAUGGCAAAGGCCUCAUUGUCCAGGGUGCUGCUCAAACCUUCUGCUCUGGGUCGGACCUCAAUGCUGUCCGGGCAAUAUCUAACCCACAGGACGGGAUGAAGAUGUGUAUGUUCAUGCAGAAUUCUCUUACAAGGCUCCUUAGGCUGCCUCUGAUAUCUGUUGCUCUGGUGGAGGGGAGAGCACUGGGAGGAGGUGCAGAACUCACCACUGCCUGUGAUUUCAGAUUAAUGGCAUCAGACAGUGUGAUCCAGUUUGUCCACAAACACAUGGGACUGGUUCCAGGCUGGGGCGGUGCCGCACGACUUGUUCACAUUGUUAGAAGCCAGAACGCUCUAAAGCUCCUUGGUGGUGCUCUGAAAGUGGACCCCAAACUUGGCCUGCAGAUUGGACUGGCAGAUGGAGUCCUGGAGGCAGAGGACAGUGCAGGGACUCCCUUAGAGCAGGCUGAAAACUGGCUCAGUCGCUACAUAAAAGGACCGGCCCCUGUGAUUCGGGCUGUGAAGAAGGUGGUGUUGUCAGGGAGAGAGCUCCCUCUGUCUGAGGCUCUGAGGACUGAAAAGGAUGUGUUUGGGACAGUGUGGGGUGGGCCGGCUAACCUUGAGGCCCUGGCUAGCAAGUCCAAACACAAAUGAACUGGUCCAAGUGCCUCUCCUCAAUAUAUUUAGAUUGGCAAAGAUCAAGUGAGACAUUUCUGAAAAGCUCAUUACUGGUCAAAAUGGUUUGUAAGGUGCCACACAGAGAGCUGCUACAGCACCUAUGAGAGACUGACUCUUGAUUGACAUUACUGAACUGACUGGUGGGACAUUUAUAGGACUUUUUAAGUACUUUUCAUGUAAUAUGUUGAAUGUUGUGUCCAAAUGUGGACUGACUUUGCAGUGGGAAAGUAGAAACAGAUGAUUUAUUUCUGUUCUGUGGUCAGUGGAAAAAGGGACAAUAAACCUUGUUUAUUUCAAUAAAUUA